GCACAGUCCCGAGUUCCCGACGACUCAUGAAGGCUUCCCACUCCUGCGCCUCGAUCCAAGUUCCACCCUCCACCUAAAGCCUUCACCCGCUCCCGCGCCAGUUCACCUGUGCUGCCACCUGCUGUCAGUAGUAGUCCCUGAGCCGUCCUCAACUUCGGCCUCAGUGGCCUGCGCCGUACAGGCUUCGGCAAAGCCAUGUCACCCAGCCGCACCAACUCCGAUCCUCACCAAUUUCGCAAUGCCCAUCAACCUCUCGAUUCCGGCUCCCAACUCUUUCACGACACCUCCGACUCACACCCUCAGCCACGCGAUCAAGCCGCUUUGAUGGACGCCUCUCGAUUUGACGACUUCUCCUUUCCCUACCCAGCCAUCUCUAAUCAACAAUCCCUCCUCUCCUUGGCGGACCAGACCAAUGCCGCCCAACCCGCCGAAUCCUUCUCUCAACACCCCUCUCAUUCUAUCUCAUCCAUCCACGCGCAUGGCCUCCCUUUCAAAACCACCCAUUCAGACCACCGGAGCCUGAGCAGGGAUGGAUCCGAUGCUGCCGCGGACAGGAAUUCCCCCAUCGCCAACUCUCUCGAGGACUCCGUGGCCGACGAGUUCGGUUUGGCGUCUAAUGGUCGCGCCGAUGGCACUGAUCUAGGCGGGAAAGCGAAGGAGGAUAAAUUGGACGCGGCGCCUGCAUGGAGUGAGUUGAAGACGAAGGCUGGCAAGGAGCGCAAGCGUCUCCCCCUCGCUUGCAUCGCCUGCCGUCGGAAGAAGAUUCGUUGUUCAGGAGAGAAGCCAGCCUGCAAACACUGUCUACGCUCGCGCAUCCCCUGCGUGUACAAGGUCACCACUCGCAAGGCAGCGCCCCGCACAGAUUACAUGGCCAUGCUAGAUAAGCGACUAAAACGAAUGGAAGAGCGCAUCAUCAAGGUCAUCCCCAAGUCCGAACAGGAGUCGACCACCGCAAUCACUCGAGCUGUGGUUAAACCAGCAAUCCCCGGCACACUACCAACAUCCAAAACCGCCUCUAAAAAGCGUGGUGCCGAUGAAGCCUUCGGACCGGACCUGGAGGCAUGGGCCAAGGCACCGUUAAAGCCCAAAAUCACCGGUGACGAUAGGCCGAACUCUCUUCAGGUCCAAGAAGCCGAGGAGAACAAGCUGUUACACGAAGGCUCUGAAACGUUGCCAUCCAAAGAGAUACAAGAACAUCUUGCUGAAAUCUUCUUUGAUAACAUAUAUGGCCAAUCCUAUCAUCUCCUUCACAAGCCGAGCUACAUGCGGAAGUUGAACAACACGCUACCUCCUGUUCUCAUUCUCUCCGUAUGCGCUGUGGCUGCGCGCUUCACAAGUAAUCCUCAAUUAGGUUCUUCAACACCCCAAUUCAUGCGCGGCGAAGAAUGGGCAUCGCAUGCGCGGGACAUUUGCACCAGGAGAUACGAGUGGCCUAACCUCACAAUUCUGACAUGUCUCCUCAUUCUCGGGCUUCACGAGUUUGGCACAUGCCAAGGGGGUCGUAGUUGGGCCCUUGGUGGGCAGGCAAUCCGGAUGGCUUUCGCCCUCCAGUUGCACAAAGACCUUGAAUUUGAUCCCAUGGGGCGAAAUGGGCAGAAGACUGAGCUCAGCUUCAUUGAUCGUGAGAUUCGAAGGCGUAUCAUGUGGGCCUGUUUCCUAAUGGACCGUUUCAACUCUUCGGGGACAGACCGGCCUAUGUUCAUCAGAGAGGAGACAAUCCAGAUCCCGCUGCCUAUCAGGGAGAGGUACUUUCAAUUGGAUAUGCCAGCACCCACCGAGACACUGGAUGGCCGAGUACUCCAUCCCGCCGUGCUCGAUGACGGGCAGCCCGCCGACGCUCUGCAGAAUAUGGGCGUUGCUGCAUUCAUGAUUCGGGCCAUUGCCAUCUGGGGACAAAUCAUCACCUAUCUGAAUCAAGGUGGAAAGGAGAUGGAUUCUCAGGCAAUGUGGGACCCCGAAUCUGACUACGCGAAGCUCUUGAGCGACGCAGAAGGUUUCGAGGACGCCCUGCCACCUUUGCUUCAAUACUCCCCUGAGAACGUCGAAGUACACAAGACUGAAAACACGGCGGCUCAGUUUUUCUUCGUCCACAUUUGCAUACAGCAGAACAUUCUUUUCUUGAAUCGGGCGGCUAUGAAUGCAUCCAACGCACGAUCCCGAGACGAGGUGUCACGCGAUUUUUUCUCAGAAGCCACCAGGAAAACAAUCGCCGCAGCCAAUCGAAUUUCCGACUUGCUCAGGGAGGCUGAUCGAAUGCGCCAGUUUGUUUCGACCCCGUUCGCAGGAUAUUGUGCCUUUUCCUCGACAACGGUUCAUAUAUUGGGACUAAUUUCUCGAAACCCAACGAUGAAGCCUACUGCAGAAGCCAAUCUAACCACUAAUGUCAAAUAUCUGCAUAAAAUGAAGAAGUAUUGGGGAAUGUUCCACUGGAUGGUUGAGGACGUUCGGUCACAGUACCGGAAUGCGAUUGACGGCGUACGCGCUGGCAACGACCGCACCAGCCAGGCGUCUAUGCUCCAGUAUGGCGAUUGGUUCAAUCGAUACCCGCACGGCCUCUCCGAUGCCGAGUUCAUGGAUCCUGCCAUCUUCAGGAAGAAGGACAAGGGAGCAGACGGCGUCCUCGAGGCGAAGCCCGAACUACAGUCGGUAGAAGAGUUCAUUUCAACACUGUCGCCAUCUCAGAAUGGCGACCCUGCCCGGGCUGCAAUAGUCAAACGCAAGUCCAUCUCCAAGAAGCAGGGCAGUGCAGGUGUGCAACAAGGACAACAGCAGCUUGAAACGAUGUCUACCGGGGACCUUGGUGGACAACCGGGGCCGGAUCAAAUGGGAGUUGGGCAGCAACAACAACGCAGGUUCUCUGGCGCCCUGGGAGGCCAGACCAGCGGUCCAACAGGCUUCAGCCCGCUGGCUGUACCGCACUCACAAACCGCGUCGUAUAACACCACCAUGUCACCUAUAAGCCCUGCCAAUGUGGCAGCAUUUCCGCACCACGCGCACAUGCCACAUUUCUUCCCUCCGGAUCUGCUUGCUAUGAAUCUCGCUCAGCAAGGAAAUGGAACCCUCCAACCGCUCGAUCGCCAACUCGUCUUUGGAGGGUACUCGAUGGAUUCUGUGGACGGCCUACCCAGUGGGCAGAACAUGAUGGACGGUGUCGACUGGGACAGUAUCGCUGCAGGCGCUCAGAAUGGUCGCGGCUCACACGGCCGUCGGGCCAGUGUCAAGAACGGCAUCAAUGGGCAAGCACCUGGCCCUGCGGAUGGAACGGCUCACUUCAACGGACAGGACGCAUCGUCAGCAUGGUUUAUGCCAUUCAACUUGGAACCACCAGAGAUGUCUCAGGACCUGUGUCUCGGCGUCGGAAACGUAGACCCAUUUGCAGGUAUGUUUAAUGGAGGGGGGAGCGGCUUAGCGACGCCGAAUCCGUUGAGCGGGCUACAACACGGCCCCUAGGAGGGACGACAUGAGUACGCAGCUCAACUCGGCAGGCACC